CGCCCGCGGCUCCCAGCCGCCAUGCUGCGGAGCUGCGCCCCGGGCUCGCCGGGACACCGCCGCCUCCGCCGCGCCCUGCCGCCGGCCGCCUCCGCCGUCCGAGCUCGCCUGCGGGAGUGCGCACCACGGAUCCCAGAGGCUGGAGCACUCCUCGACCUGCUGGGCAAAUGUCCUGAGCACCAGAAGAAAGGAGGCUUUCCCGUGGUGGUUUUCGAGGGGCUGGAUGCCACAGGCAAGACCACUCUCACCCAGUCUGUUAAGGACACCCUCAACGGCGUUCUCCUGAGGUCCCCACCAGCCUGCAUCAGCCAGUGGAGGACCAUAUUUGAUGAGGAGCCAGCACCUUUUAAAAGAGCUUUUUAUGCUGCAGGCAACUACAUUCUGGCAUCAGAAAUAGCAAAGGCAUCCACUCAGGCACCUGUCAUCGUGGACAGAUACUGGCACAGCACAGCUGCCUACACCAUUGCCACUGAGAUCAAUGGGCAAGUCCAGGAUCUGCCACCAGCACAGGAUGUGGUGUACCAAUGGCCUGAGGAUCUCCUCAGACCAGAUCUUGUUCUCCUUCUGACUGUCGACCCCGAGGAGCGCGUCCGGAGGCUUCGGCAUCGAGGGCUGGAGAAGACCAAGGAAGAAGCAGAGCUGGAAGCUAACAGCUUGUUCCGUCAGAGAGUUGAGGAGUCCUACAGGAGGAUGCUGAAUCCUGCCUGCCAAGAGAUUGAUGCCAGCCCCUGCAAGGAGGAGGUUCUCAAGACAGUGCUGCAGGUCAUUAGGAAACAGUGUGCUUGGUGAAAGAAUCUUCUGGCAAACAGCAGCUGAAAGAGACUUUUUUACUGCACUUUAAAAGGUUGUUUUUAUUCUCCUUCUGGUUUGGGUACCAUAAAAAUGCACUUUGAUGCCUUCUGUCCAGCCACCACUCUUCUCUUUCUUCUAUCAACAAGAAUCUCACUUCUGUGCUUCA